AGUUUACGGCUUUUUUGCUUCGACCCGACGACCAGCGUUAUCAGCGCGGUUGUUUAGUUUGACAGAACCAGUACCAGUAUGUCUUCGACCAGUGAUACUAAGCUAAGUGGUAGUGUGCAACUAGAUAAAAUGGAGAGGGAUGAAAAAGCUGGCAAAUCAGUGACUCUUAUAAAUGUAUCUGAAGUGAGUGAUCCUAGUAAGGCUAACCCAGAUGUGAUUCCACCAGUUUCUGCAUCCUCACCACUAGUAACGUCACCACGAGUGAUGACCGCUGCCACCCCCUCACCAGCUUCAUCAACUGCAAGUACAUUCAAUAGCCCGAAAAAUAUUCAGAUUUCAGCUCCGAUGCUGACCCCUCCAAAUACAGUUGACCCUUCACAGGUGAAACGUAGAAGUUCAUCCAGGCCUAUUAAGAGAAAGAAGUUUGACGAUGAGUUAGUGGAAAGCAGCUUAGUGAAGUCUAGCAAAGCAAAGCUGCCAACAUUACAACCCCCUGAGGUAGUACCUAGUACCACAGAACCAACCCCUGUUGAAAAGAAGAAGAUAUCCAGGGCGACUACUGUGAAACGAACAAAAAAGCCUAAAGCAGUUAUUCCAACAUUGAAAGAUGUAGGGCGUUGGAAACCGCAAGACGACUUGGCUCUGAUAACAGGCGUUCAACAGACAAAUGACUUGAAAGCAGUCUACACUGGUGUAAAAUUCUCUUGUCACUUCACACCAAAAGAAGUGGAAGAAAGGUGGUACUCAUUGCUCUAUGACCCUGCUGUAUCUAAAGUUGCUCAACAAGCAAUGGCUGCCUUGCAUCCAGAUAUCAAAGCAACUGUCCUCAGUAAAGCACUUUUUAGUGUUGCAGAAGAAAAGCUUCUUGGAACAGUCACAUCUAUGACCCAGCCAACUAUUGAUACAUUUCAGGACUUGUUAAAUGAUAACUCAAAUGUGUUUCAUCCAACAAGAACAGCAAAAAUACUGCAUACUCAUUGGUUGCUGAUGAAACAGUAUCAUCUUCUUCCUGAUCAAUCAGUUCAACCGAUGCCAAAGGGAGACCAUGUUUUAAAUUUCUCUGAUGCCGAGGAUAUGAUGGUUGAUGCAAAUCUAAGAAAUCCAUCUGAUGAAUUAGUAGAACAAGAAUUAACGAUUGCUGAUAGAAGACAAAAGCGGGAGAUACGACAUUUAGAAAAUGAAAUACCCAAAUGGCAGGUGCUAGUUGAUCAUGUUACAGGCCUGAAUUCAGUUGACUUUGACAACCAGACUUUAGCAGUACUCAGAGGCAGAUUGGUUCGUUACUUGAUGAGGUCCAAAGAGAUUACCUUAGGCAGAGCAACCAAGGAUAAUAAUAUAGAUGUUGAUCUGUCACUUGAGGGCCCGGCAUGGAAAAUCUCGCGUAGACAAGGCAUCAUUAAACUUAGGAACAGUGGUGAUUUUUACAUUGCUAAUGAAGGAACUAGACCUAUAUAUGUUGACGGAAACCCAGUUCUGAAAGGACAGAAAAAUAAACUUGAUAACAAUUCUGUUGUUGAAAUAACUGGACUACGAUUCAUCUUCCUAAUUAAUCAAGACCUCAUUAGUGCCAUAAGAACAGAAGCAGCCAAAAUUGGUCUUUAAUGUUCAAUCAGAGUUUUUUUUUAUUGGACAACAAUUGGGAGAACUAUGAAGCAGUAAAUAUCAAAUCCUGAUUGUAUGGGUUUAUAUAAAAUGAUGACAACAUGAAGAAUGAAUGUUCUCACUCUAAGUAUUCUCAGGCAAAAAGGAUGAAAUACUAAGGAGACCUACAAGCAGCAUUUAUGUUCAUGAAAUGUACAAUGUGGACAAUAAAUGUUGCCACUCCAGAAAAUGUCAGGCAAAUGAAUGGAAUACUAAGGCAACAUACAAAAAGAUUCAAGUUCAUGAAUUGUACAAUGCAGACUAUAGAUGUUGCCACUCCAGGAAAUUUUAGGCAAAUUAAUGGAAUACUAUUAGGAAACUUACAAAGAACAUUCUUGUUCAUGAAUUGUACAAUGCAGACAAUACAGUAGAUGAUGCCUCUCCAGGAAAUGUUAGGCAAAUGAAUGGAGUACUAAGGAAACAUACAUGUUCAUGAAAUGUACAAUGUGAACAAUAAAUAUUGCCGCUCUAGGAUAUGUCAGGCAAAUGAAUGGAAUACUAAGGAAACUUACAAAGGACAUUCAUGUUCAUGAAAUGUACAUUGUGAAUCAUAAACUUUGCCAUUCUAAGGAAAGUCAGACAUCACAGAUGAAAUGUUAAGGAAGAGAACAAUAAUGAAAUGUACUUUGAACAUAUGAAAAGCCAUUCCUGCAGUUGCCAGAUACUAGCAAUGAUAUUUUAAGGAAGCAUUUUAUGAAAUGUACAAAGUGGACACCAAACUGUGAAGUUAUUUAACUUCAGGAAACUUAGAUACAUUUUAUACAACAAAAAAUUCAUAUUCAUCAGCAUCAGCUGAUGAAUUUAUAGUAUUUAUAGUAGGGAAAGUUUAAUGGACCCUAUAAUCAUUGGAGGUGCUAGUGGGGGCAGGGAGGGGGCUUGAGUCCCAUUUGAACAAGUCAACCCAUCAGGCAGAUCAGUCCUAUACUGGACAGGUCAGUUUCCCCAUCGACUGGAACCAUUGCCUAGCUUUUAACAAAUCAAAUUCCUAGAAUCUGUAGUUGGUGUACCGUAAAACCCUGGGCUUUUUCUUUUUCUUUUUUUUUUUGCAAACUUUGGAUAGGCUUCUUUUUGAGGCUACUUUUGCAAAGUAAAGAGGGGGAUCCUUUUCAAAAUUAAUGCUGUAAAUUUUGGGAAUUACUACUACUGUAUAAAACAUUAAAAAAAGGCCACUGUAACAUCAAUCUGUAUCGUGGAGUAUAUUAAACCGGAAUUAAAUCACCUAAACUACUGUAUAAACCAAACGUGUCUGUUAAAUUAUUUUGUUUCUUUUAAAUUCAUAUACAGUGUAUAUACUGUACUAUUUUGGAAAAAAAAGCCCAUGCUAUCUUGGAAAAAGUACAUGGGCUUUUUUUCGAGACUACUUUUGCAAACUAAAGAGAGGGCUUCAAUUCGAAAUGGGCUUCUUCUCUAAAUCCAGCCAAUUCUGCUUCUGUUUGAGGUUUUCAAGGUUUUAUGGUAUAAUCUAAAAUGUCCAAAUCAUGGUGUCACCACUGCCUGUAACCAUAUCCAUGUAACAAAGGUUUGAAUAUGCCUUCAUAUAACAAAAAUCAAAAGGGUUUUCCAAAAGUAUCAGUUUCUUAAAUGCUAAUAGUAAGGGAUAGGGAGAACUUUGAAAUGCAUUGUGGAAAAUAAGGAUAAAUGGAAUAUUAACAUUAAUUGAUUUAUAUUUUAUUUCCAAUCAAUGAGCAUUUAACAAUAAAAGUGGGUUUGCAUUACAA